CCCAUCAUCAAAAAAUCCAUUUCCUUUCCAACAGCCCAUCCAGUCGGUUCCAUCAAACCAGAGAAAAUGAAUCCAGCCGCAGCCGCAGCCGCUUAGGUGUAGCAUCAACUUAUCGGAAACUAGCCGAACUGAAUCAACUCAUCGGAAACGCAGCCAAAAAUCGCCACAAACAGUGACAAAUCCUUUCAGGGUUUGUUGGGAUUAGGAGAUAGGAGAAAAUGAAGCAAGUAGUAGGAAUGGUGGUUUCGAAUAAAAUGCAGAAGUCGGUUGUGGUGGCAGUGGAUAGAUUAUUUCACCACACGGUGUUCAACAGAUAUGUUAAACGCACUUCAAAGUUCAUGGCUCACGACGGGAACAAUCUUUGUAAUAUCGGUGACAGGGUUCGAUUGGAUUCUUCUAGGCCUUUGAGCAAGCGUAAACAUUGGGUGGUUGCUGAAAUUCUCAAGAAAGCACGCAUAUAUGUUCCUCCUUCUGCACCGGUGUCUGAGAAUGUGAGCUCCGGAGGACCUACAUCUACAUCAUGAAUUGGUUAAAGGAGGAAUUUUAAUGUGACAUGUUCCAAGGUUGAUUAGCUUGUUUGUUGAUGGGUUAGAACUUAGAAUCAGUCUUCUGCAAUUUCACGUGAUUUUUGAAUUCUUAUUAGACGUUGAGAUGCUAUGUGUGAUCUUUAUUGCCAUCUGUGCAAAUGAAUUAUAGUGUAGGAUGAUUACAAAAGGGUUUGUAUGUCUGCAGAUUUCAAAUUUUCAUAAUAAUUGAUAAGAUGUUUACCUGCGUUA